AUGUCUCUGUCCGACUCCAAAAAGCGCCUGGCACUGUCGAUAAUAGACUUCUUGUCCACCUCUCUCAAAGAUGGCACUCUCACUGCAGAUGAUGCCGACAACAUUGAAAUCUCGAGUAAUUGUAUCGCCGAAGCCUUCAAAGUCGACCCCUCGGACAAAGCUGCCAUGACCGAAGCUGUCGGCUCUCAAUCUUUGCUCAAUAUUUUCUCGGUCUAUGAAAAGCUCCAGGGGAAGGCAUCCACGACCGAAACCCAAGCCCCUCCUCCACAGCCAGCGGCCCCCAAGGCCAUAAACCCGGAGGCGGAGAAGCUCAAGAGUGCAGGCAACGCAGCCAUGCAACAGAAAGACUACAAGACCGCUAUUGAGAAAUACACCCAGGCCAUCUCCUACGCUCCUACAAAUCCCAUCUACCUUUCCAACCGCGCGGCGGCGUAUUCGGCAAGUGGUGAUCACGCUUCAGCUGUCAAGGAUGCCGAACUUGCCGUCGCCGCAGACCCCAAAUAUACAAAGGCUUGGUCAAGAUUAGGUCUUGCGAGAUUCGCCAUGGGCGAUGCCAAAGGAAGCGUGGAGGCUUACCAACAAGGCAUCGACUUUGAAGGAAAUGGAGGCAGUGAAGCCAUGAGGAAAGGUCUGGAGACUGCCAAGAAGGAAUUGGCUCGGAUGGAGGCAGAGGAACUGAAGAUACCCGAAGAUGAAGUGGAUGAUGCCGCGGGCGAGACGCGCGGCGGUGGUAUGGCGGAUCUUGCCAGUCUGGCAGGAAUGUUCGGCGGUGGUCGUGGCGGAGGCGGCAUGCCCGACCUGUCCAGCUUCAUGAACAAUCCCAUGUUUGCGUCCAUUGCACAAAACAUCAUGCGCAACCCGGAAGCCCUUAGCGGACUGAUGAGCAAUCCAACCCUCCAGAACAUGGUGAACAACCGCCGAGAAGGCGGAGGUGGUAUGCCUGACAUGAGUCAAAUACAACAAAUGAUGCAGGACCCUGCCCUCGCGAAUCUGUGA